AAUCGUUGUUUUCCCAGCUCUAUUUCAAGAACGCAAACUACAACAAGAAGUUUUUCCAUCCGUGUGGCGUGAAAAGUGCAUAAGUUUGUUCAAAUUAGUUUAAGUCUAAUUUAUUAGCCAAACAAAUAAAGCCAUGUCGUUUGCGGAAAAGAUAACGAGUUUGCUUGCACGGCCGAACCAACAAGAUCCAGUCGGACCGGAGCAGCCCUGGUACCUUAAAUAUGGCAGUAGAUUGCUGGGCAUUGUGGCCGCCUUCUUUGCCAUACUCUUCGGCCUGUGGAAUGUUCUGUCCAUUAUCACACUCAGUGUAUCAUGUCUGGUGGCGGGCAUUAUACAAAUGGUGGCAGGGUUUGUCGUAAUGGUCCUGGAGGCGCCCUGCUGCUUUGUCUGCAUCGAGCAGGUGAACGGGAUCGCGGAUAAGGUGGACUCCAAGCCCAUGUACUUCCGGGCUGGACUCUACAUUGCCAUGGCCACUCCGCCCAUCUUCAUGUGCUUUGGAUUGGCCAGCUUAUUCGGCAGUGGUCUAAUCUUUGCCACCGGCGUGGUCUACGGAAUGAUGGCGUUAGGCAAAAAAGCUUCUCGGGAGGACAUGGCCGCCGCUGCCACAUCGCCCACACAGAUGGCCGGCAGUCAGGCGGGCGGGCAGAUGCAGAUGGGCGGCGAUCAGCAUAUCACACUCAUGGAAGAUCCCGACGUUUGGCGCCCCACAUAAAUGCCUAGCCGAGCGAUUAGUAACUGCCAAAACCACAACAACUCUCACACUCCAGAUACAGAUACAGAUACUCAGAUACUACACCCACACCCACACCACUAGAAAUGCAAAAGAUGCAGCAAACAAAUAUUUUACGACGCCUAGUUUUUAGUGUUCGUUCCAAGGAAUAAUGUGUAACUAGGAGAAGAGUCAUCCUUAGGCGUUUGUAGGAAAGCAUCAGAGAUCAGAAAUAGUAUACAGAACACCCCACCAAUUACAAAGAAAAAUUAAAAAACUAAAUUCUCAUUAUUGUUGAAAGAAAACAAAAAAGACAGCGAGAGAGAGAGAGAAAAUGUUAGUAAUCAACGUGUUUUUUGGGCCAAUGCAUUUUCGUCAUUCGUCCCCCUUUUGCAUGCAGGUCAUUCGUGUAUUCCAAUUUUUUAAUGUCUUUCGUCGAGCGGUUGGUGUUGUUGAAAACUACAGUUAAAUAUAUAUAAAUAUAUUAUAUGCCUAGAGAAAUACUGAUACGAAAAUAACGUAAUACACAUGCCGGACUCAGCAGCAAGCAUAUAUUUUUAGUGAGAAACUAUAUUUGAAAGCUAACCGAAUGCAAGAACCUAUAUGAGUAACCACAGCUUCCACAGACACACACACACAUAGACAUUCACACUCCACUAGCUAACACACAAAGCUAAGGGUACUAAAAAGCAAAUAAGAUAAAUAUGAAGAACCUAGAGCAAUAUGUACAACUCAGAAAGUAUUAACUUUAUAUGCUUUGCUUCAAUGUAAACCAUACAAUUAAAUGUUAAACGUUGUUUGAGAAUUGAUUUUGCUCUCAGGAUAGUCACAAAUUGAAAUUGAACAUAAUCAAGCAUUAUAUCAGAGUAAAUAUAGAAUUCAGAUAUACAACAAGUUGAGGUUUUAACAGUUCUAUAUUUUUUUAAAUGUUGUAAUACAAGAAAUGAUUUCAAUUAUCGUUAAAAUUAUUUGGUUCCUUUCACUCGAGCUUCUUAUAAUUUCUCAUUCGCUAAAAAUAUAUACUUUUUAUUAUUUUUUUUGUCAUACGCCUAAGUUAUGUUUAAGUAUUUAUUCCAAAAGGUUUUUACUUUGAAAGUCUGAAAGAAAAUCAUAUUUGAGAUAUGUAUUUUAUCUUCCUUCAACAAAAGCAUUCCAAGCUCUGUUUUAUAAUUUAUUGCAUUAUUUAUUUGUCUUAAGCUUAAGUACACAUUAUUUCAAGAAUACUCGCAUAAACUUGUUACUAAAUAGCCUUCGCCAGCAACUGAGAAUCUCACCUGAAGUGUAAACUAUAAUGAAAUCAAAUAAAUUUUGUUGAAAUUUGUUAA